AUGAAGUGUUUUAAAAUAAUAUUAUUUCUUAUUUAUUUUAACAUAGUCUAUGGCUUGAAAACAAUACAAAAAGGAUUUUUAAAUACAUUAUCUGUAGAACCAAUAUACUAUGGCGCAGAUAAAACCUAUUUUCCUUCCGGUAUUCGCAAAUCGGUAAUUUGCAAAGGUGGCGGCAAAAAUGAAAAGGUCCAAUGGCGAGACCCAUCAGGUGAUGUAGUACCAACGGUAGCAUCUGACCAUGUCUUCGUACAAGAAUACUUCGUCCCGGCGUAUAGGACUCGCGUACCAGCAGCCGUACUUGUUUUUACACACACUACGGUGGAAGACAGCGGAAUUUGGGAAUGUCGCGCUGGAGGAAAGAAGAAAGAAGUAUCGCUAUGUAUAAUAGAUCCAGCGGAGUUCGUAGAUACACCCACAGAAGUGACUGCUGAUUUGGGAAGGUCUAUCACACUGACCUGUCAGGCGCGUGGGGAUCCCGAACCACGACUCGUGUGGUACAGGAAUGGAGAACCGAUCAUUGAGGACAUGACGUCAUCCAAGUACGCCGUAUCCACUAAAUUCAAUAGCCAAGGUUUUGAAGGUCUUCUAACAGUUCGUUCGCUUGAGAGAGAUGAUAGCGGGUCAUACGGAUGUGAGGCAAUACAGGCCAGCCCUCACGAUGAAGACUGCAGUAUUAGCAAGAAUAUUAACGUGACUCUUAAUAUAAACUAUGCCCCUAUGUUUUUGGAUGGAAACGAAACAAGUACACUCUUUGUUAAAGACGAUAAACUUGCAGAAUUGGUAUGUUCCGUUGACGCCUUUCCAGAACCUACAUACAGAUGGUUCAAAGAAGUAGGUAGCGAUUUGUCUGAAAUAGCGCAAAGCGAAACAAAAGUAGAGGAGGAUGGUAGUAAAGCAGUUUUAACUCUGGAAGUUACCGAAGCACAUUUUGGUCAAAGAUUCGUCUGUCGCGCGACCAACCAGUACGGCACUGUUGAUAAAGUUUUCGCUAUUCAAAAAUUGGAAAAGCCAGAACCACCAAUUGAGUUCAACAUUAACAAUUCAUCUUACGAUUCGAUACAGUUAAGCGUUAUCUGGGAAAAGGAAUCAUUUUAUCAAGUAGCUGGCGUUGAAAUAGAAUAUUUGUCCGCGGAUAAAGCUUCGAGGAGAAAAGGAAUGUUUAAUUGGAAAAAAGGAACUUCAAUUAAAAUAAAAUCUGAUGAAUUCGAUGCAGUUGAGACUGAAAGUGGAGGUGCUCUUAUUACCCUACCGGAUCUAGAUGAAGAAACUACAUAUUGGAUUCGUAUCAGGGCUACCAAUGAAGUUGGAUCAUCAUCAUGGUCAUCACCCUUAAAGAUUACAACAGAUAUAAAACCAGAAAUGGAGGAGGUACAGGAGAAUUUGGUUAAAAAACGACCGGAAUCACACGAUUCGGAAGCGCGUUUCUAUGGCUUAUUAUUUGCUGGUGGGGUUUUAGUAGUUGCGUUUGGUUCUAUGUUCGUUGUGAGGGUAGUCUAA